AUGGCGGUCCCCGAACAGAUCCCCGGGCAAGAAUAUGACUAUGAAGCCCUCCCUUCCAACUACGGCUUAGGCGCCAACAUGCUGGCUGGCGCCUUCGCAGGAAUCGCAGAACACUCUGUCAUGUAUCCGGUAGACUUGCUGAAGACUCGCAUGCAAAUCUUGCAUCCUACGAAUGGAGGGCUCUACACAGGCUUGACUAAUGCGGUUUCGACGAUUUACCGGAUUGAGGGCUGGCGGACACUGUGGAAGGGGGUCUCGAGUGUGAUUGUCGGCGCUGGUCCCGCUCACGCUGUGUACUUUGGAACAUAUGAGAUGGUGAAGGAGAUGGCGGGUGGUAAUGUCGAUGAUGGCCACCACCCGGUCGCGGCAGCCCUGAGCGGUGCCUCUGCGACCAUCGCUAGUGACGCCUUGAUGAAUCCUUUCGAUGUGAUCAAGCAACGUAUGCAAGUGCAUGGCUCGGUACAUAAGAGUCUCCUUCAAUGUGCGCGGUCCGUUUACCGCACGGAAGGUUUCCAGGCGUUCUACGUCUCCUAUCCCACCACCCUCUGCAUGACUGUUCCCUUCACCGCUACUCAGUUUGUCGCCUACGAGUCUAUUUCCAAGAUCAUGAACCCGUCGCAGGAUUAUGACCCCUUCACGCACUGUAUGGCGGGUGGUCUGGCGGGUGCGUUUGCGGCCGGUCUGACCACCCCGCUCGAUGUGGUGAAGACGCUGCUGCAGACCCGAGGGUUGGCGCAGAACGAGGAAAUCCGCUCGGCGAAGGGCUUGUUCAACGCGGCGGCCAUCAUCAAGCGGCAGUUUGGCUGGAAGGGUUUCCUGCGUGGCGCUCGCCCCCGCAUUAUUUCCACCAUGCCCAGUACUGCUAUUUGCUGGACCUCCUAUGAGAUGGCCAAGGCCUACUUCAAGGGCCGGCCGGACAACUAA